ACUUUUUGCACGGAAGAGGAUUUGCUCUAGGUCCGAUUCCUCGCCGCCAGUGGCGCUGAAAGUUAACCUCUCUUUCUUCAGAGAAUCCGUUGCUACUGCGCGGCACGAUGAAGGCCAAGGGAGACUUGAAGGAAUACGAGGUAGUAGGGCGCAAGCUCCCUACCGAGAAGGAGAAAACCACACCUUUGUAUAAAAUGAGGAUAUUUGCGCCUGACGCUAUUGUGGCCAAGUCCAGGUUUUGGUACUUCUUGCGUCAGUUGAAAAAGUUUAAAAAGUCCACUGGAGAGAUUGUGUCACUCAAACAGAUUCCAGAGAAGACUCCGAUGAAGAUCAAGAAUUUUGGUAUCUGGCUGAGAUACGAUUCCCGAUCCGGAACGCAUAAUAUGUACAGGGAAUAUCGGGAUCUCUCAGUGAGCGGCGCUGUAACGCAGUGCUACAGGGACAUGGGUGCCCGUCAUCGCGCGCGGGCUCACUCGAUACAAAUAAUCAAGGUUGAGAUUGUGAAGGCUGUGAAUUGCCGUAGGCCUCAAGUGAAACAGUUUCACGAUUCCAAGAUCAAGUUCCCGUUGCCUAAACGCAUUCAUCAUAGAAAUCGCAUGCCACUGUUCAGUGUACGAAAGCCACGCACCUACUUCCUUUAGAUACCACGAACAGUGUUUUAUACUUUAACACUGGAAGUGUACAAAAAAUAAAAGAGUAUUCAUGA